AAAACAAGUCUCUCAGCUUCCCUCAGAGAGAAAUAAGUUUCGAGGGGGAAAAGAGCGGAGCCUCUCCCACUGCCAGUGAGUCUUUUGGGCUUGUGAUUAAUUACUCCGGAGUGAAAGACUUGUCUACGCUUUGUGUGUCCAAUAAAUUAAGAGGCUCCUGAGACUUGACGCACUCAGGUGAGUGCUCCACGCGCGGACAGGGACCUUUGCGCACCUUCUGUCGACAGUUGUGCCUUUAUAAGGAUUCUGUAGUUGGAGCUGGACCGACGAGUAGAACUACUCUGCACUGCGGGGAAACAGCAGAUUUUGCACUGAGCCAAUUGCAUUGGCUUAAUGACGUUUUUCAAGACGUCGCUUUUAAGGACAUUUUAAGCAUUAUGUUCAUUUAAGAAAGGACUGCUUGGAGUUGACGACUUUAAUUAAGGCUUUGUAGCCUAAAUGUGAAGGUUUGUAAGUACUCUCAAUGGUUGGAAGACAGACGAGCCGCAUGGAUAGUGGAAAUGUCCCAGUGACAGAUAUGGAUGACAGUCCCACAUCGAGCCCCAGCUCCAGUCCCAGUCGUCCGGAGGCCUUACGUUCCAGGGUGGUCCAAGCCGGUGGGCUUGGUGGUGGGAAAGGCCGCCCGGCAGCAGCCAAUGCUGCCCGGGAAAGGAGUAGAGUACAAACCCUGAGACAUGCCUUCCUGGAACUACAGCGGACGCUUCCAUCGGUACCACCGGAUACCAAACUAUCUAAACUCGAUGUGUUGAUUUUGGCUACCACGUACAUUGCCCAUCUCACCCGAACACUGCAAGAAGAGGGCAUGGAGGAGGGAGAGAGCACAAAACAAACAGAAGCAUUAAAGUCCCUGAAAGGUGAUGGAUACCUGCAUCCUGUCAAAAAGUGGCCAAUGAGAUCCAGAUUAUACAUCGGCGCAACCGGUCAGUUCUUGAACAAUUCAAAUCAAUCGGAGAAUCAAGGAGCAUCAUCGUCGACCUCUCACUCAUAGAUAUUCGAAAAAUCUCAUCUCAUCUAAGGCUUUUUUAUGAAUGGGCUUUUCCGCAUAGCCUCUGGUAAUAAAGCAACUGGAGAUCUGUCCAAUAAUUAAAGUAGCCUACCAUUACUUUUCAAUAGAACGAUGGCCACAUUCUGUAAACUGUGGUUAAUGCAUUUCCCAACUCUAGAACACGUUGUAAAUUAAUAUAUUAUGUGAUUAUGUAGAUAUAAUUAUAAAAUGAUUGUUGUGUUUCUCUGCAUUUUGGCCGGUACAUUUCUUCUCUGCAUUGUGUAGUUCUAUAGCCUAUACUUGUUCGAGGUAUUACUUUUAGAAAUUCGUUGGGUAAUGACCCGUCAUGCUUGAGUUGAUGGCUAUGCACUUUUUUUGUUAAAACAUUUGCACUAAAUGCAUGUGUGAAUAACUUAACAUCUGUCAUGUGAAGUGGUCUGUCAGAAUUUCAACAAUGGUAGUCUCUUCAUCUCCUGUUCUCUAUGUGGAUGGUUGUUGACGUGUUUGUGGAAAUAAAGACUUCUGUUGUACAUGAA